CCUUCCCUCAUGUGUUCCUUCCUCAUCGUACAAGCCUUAAAGCGUGCCUUCCUACCUUGUCCCUCAUACCUGCCCUCUAGUUCAACCAAGAAUCUUGGCUUGAGAGGAAGGAGCGUUCGUUGCUUCACCCACCUCUCCUUAACGGACACUCCGGUCUCUUCGUUCACAGAGCGUCACUCAUCCCCUCACCAUCAUUUCGUGACUAUCUUACGCAUUCAUAAUGUCCCAACCAUCACCUCAUACUCCCAGUGGCGGAGGGCACACCGGAACAGGAGCAGGAGCAGCUGCUCCGAGUGACGGAGGUCAUGAGAGUCCUGCCAUGCAAGCCUUUUUUGCCAUGAGGCAGCGGAAGAACGAGCACAUGAUGAAGAUGUACGCAGCAGCACUAUGUGGCCUAGUUGCUCUCUUCGUCGUCUUCCACUGGACGAGAUGGCUUUGUGUUAGAGCAGAACGGUCAUGGAGGCCAUUAGCUACACUGGGACGUCCCUUUGUUGCGAUUGAGAGGUUCGUAAGGAGCCUUCUUGUUCGCAAGGUCCCUGGCUUCAAAUCGGCUGGGCAUGCGCUACUCGUUACAACAUAUGUUGUGGCCAAUGUUGCCGUUGGGUUCACGAACGUAGAUGCCAGCUCUAAAGCCAACUUUGCCUCCAGGUUUGGCCGGCUGGCUCUAUCAAACCUUGGACUCGUCAUCUUUCUGGCACUCAAGAACACCCCUUUGGCUUUCCUCACUGCCUACUCCUAUGAAAGGCUUAACUGUCUACAUCGAAUUGCCGGAUACACGAUGUUCAUCUGGAUGGUACUCCACGCGUCCCUGUACACCACAUUCUUCAGUGAGUCAGGAAUGAUGGUUACCAAGUUCAAAGACCGGACUGAAAUCGCGGCCAUCGUGGCCGGCUUUUCCUUCUUGACGGUAGUCCUCUCGGCCACCAUCCUCCGGCGAAUCUGGUACGAGCUUUUUUACGUGGUCCACAUUUCGAGUUGGAUCAUGGGGAUUGUUGCUCUUGGAUUUCAUCAGCCGGUGGUUGCAAAGAAGGGGAUUAUCGUCAUACUUCUGGUGGCGUCCAUGUGGGUUCUUGAUCACCUUAUCAGGAUCACCAGAGUUCUAUACUACAGCUUGAACAACGAGGCGACAUUGUAUCCUCUCCCUGAUGGUGGCACCAAAGUCAUAUUCAAGAAAGCACCCGCCAGGGCGGCAGCAGGAAAGCAUUGCUUCAUCUGGAUACCGGCAGUACGCAAGUUCGAAAUGCAUCCUUUCACGAUCCACAAGACGAACUCUUUGGAAUUCACCAUCAAGGCACAAAAUGGCUUCACUCGCGAUCUCCACCAACACGCGGUUGCCAACCCAGGUAUCAGUGUGAGGGCGUCUCUCGAUGGACCUUACGGCACAUUUCCGGAUCCUAUGGAUUACGAUAAGAUUGUCCUCAUCGCGGGCGGCGGAGGUGCUACUUUCACGUUUGGCCUUGUGGCGAACAUUCUUGAGAGGUUACACGAUGAACCUCACAAGACCAUCACAUUCAUCUGGGCUGUGAAGAAACACGAAAACUUAGCAUGGUUCAAGGAACACCUGGAAGCAUUGAAAAGCCAUGCACACUCACCCAAAGUCGACGUCUCCAUCUACGUGACACGAUCACCAGUCGCUUCUCAGCACCACCACCACUUGCCGCACAUUCACGGUCACAGCUUGCUGCACCACACACAACCGUGCACUUCGGAAUCGUCUUCGGGAGGAUCUUCACCACCUCUAUCGCCCGAUAGCGGCGGCAGCGGCUCCCCAGAUACCGAAAAGAUGUCUCAACUGCCAUUACCUAUCCAUACCCAUCAGCACCAGAACCACCAAUCAUCGACCCUGUCAGAAAAGGAUCUCGAACACGGCGGCGGCCUUGCCGUGGUCUCUCACCACAGCAAGGCGGCGGACAACAGCACUGGCACCGAAUCACAUCCUCAUCCCCAUCAUGCGCACGGUUACGAGCACGCCAUCAAGCCCGGCAGACCGGACAUGGCCACACUGAUCCGCCAGGCCGUCGUCGGUACCCCUUCAAACCAGCGCGUGCUCGUGGCGGCGUGCGGACCGGACGGGCUGAUGCGUGUCGUGAGAGAUACGACGGCGAGGUUGAUACAGGGAGACGGGCCGGGGGUGGAGCUACAUUGUGAGCAGUUUGGAUGGUAAAUGUUUUGCGAGCCGUUGAAAAGGAUUGACAAAAAAGGGGAUUCGAAUCGUUUUUUCUCUCGGACUUUCAUGGGUUUAUGAUCAAUGAUAGUUGGCAAUCCCA